AUGCGUUUGCGGCGGUCGGGCGGGGGCUCGGGCUUUUCCUCAGCGGAGUCUCCGGGAGCGGAGGCCCUCGUCCCGCCGCCAUGUCCGAGGCUUAUUUCCGUGUGGAGUCGGGCGCGCUGAGCUCCGAGGAGAACUUUCUAUCCUUAGACGACAUCCUCAUGUCCCAGGAGAAGCUGCCGGUGCUGACGGAGGCCCCGCUGCCGCGCCUGGGCGCCUUCUUCCUGGACCGGGGCGCCGAGCCCGAGCGCGCGCUCCCGCAGGGCUCGAAGCUUGAACUCCCUUUGUGGCUGACAAAGGGUCUUUUUGACAACAAACGACGCAUCCUUUCUGUGGAGCUUCCCAAGAUCUAUCAGGAAGGCUGGAGGACUGUGUUCAGUGCAGAUGCCAACGUGGUGGACCUGCACAAGAUGGGGCCGUAUUUCUAUGCAUUCGGCUCACAGCUCCUGCACUUUGACGGCGCAGAGAACCCGGAUAUUUCCCAGUCCCUGCUGCAGACUUUUAUUGGACGUUUUCGCCGCAUCAUGGACUCCUCGCAGAAUGCCUACAAUGAAGAUACUUCAGCACUGGUAGCCAGGCUGGAUGAGAUGGAAAGGGGCUUAUUUCACAUAGGACAGAAAGGACUAAAUGACUUUCAGUGUUGGGAAAAGGGUCAGGCUUCUCAAAUCACAGCUUCCAACCUUGUUCAGAAUUACAAGAAGAGAAAAUUCACUGACAUGGAAGACUGAAAAUCUAAAGAGCACAGAAUUGCUCUUAGGGGAUUUAUCCCUUGGGUGAUAAGACCUGAAUGACCUUGAGAUCAAAUCAUGUUCCAUUUUAUAGUUUCUAACCUGCAGCAAUCUCCAGAGUUGGGAUUGUCUGGUGGGAAGAGGAUGAUCUAAAGGGUGCCCUGAUCCUGUAAGUCUUCCAGGAUUUUCAUACCACUGGACCCACUGCCCAGACCUUUGGACCCAAGAGAAAUCCAUUUGUCUUAAGUAAUAAUCCAGUCAAGUUGGAACUGGGCUUCCUGUGUGUGGAAGUAGGACAGCCUCAGACGUCCACUUUCAUUGGCAACAGUAGACAUAAACAAAGUGGGUCACUUUCACCUGUUCACAAAGUGUUCUCUUGAGCUUGUUCAUCCUCCUCAUGGUUGAACAAAGGAUAGCAUCCCUGGCAUGCUGUCCUGCCUUGAAAAUAUUUCCUGCAACCUGCCAGUGGGGAGUUACCCAGUUUCCAAAACAGUCCCAGGAUGAAGGAGGACAAAGGAAAGACAGAUGAAUGGCAUGGCAGGAAAGAAUAUGUUGCUUUCAGGUCCUGGAGUCUAUAGUCAGCUGCAACCAACCCAGGGGGGACUUGUGAAACAGCCCCUGCUGUCACCAGGAUCUUGGGGGCACCACACAUUCCAUUCCCUGACUAGAAACUGUCAGGCCAUCAUUUGGAAUUUCAAAGUAGUCUAUUAAAGGGUGUUAUUGCAUCUGGAGUCAGGACUGGAAGGUUGUGGGUUAUGAAGAGUCCUGUUUGAGAAACCUAGUAUGGGGGCUGGGAAGGUGGCUCAGUGGUAGAUCACUUGCCUUGCAUGCAUGAGGCCCUGGGUUCAA